AUGGUAUACCAGUUAGAAGAGAAAGAAAUGGAGGACCCUCUAGAUAGGGAAGGUAGUUUUUAUAUUGAUGAGGCUCACCUAGUUGAAAUAUAUGAUGUAUCAGACCUGACUAAGCGAUAUCGAAAUAAAGAGUAUUUUCAAAAGAGUCAAAAAGCUGAAUUUAAGUUAUUGAAUGAUUCAACAGAUGAUCUCAAGCCAUUAACUAGUCAGUACGAAAUCGUAGACACUGGAUUAAGACAAGAUGUAAACCAGCUUCACUUAAACAGUUCAACACUUGAUGUGCUUUAUAAUAACAAAGUAUCCAUAUUGUUAGAAGUACCACAAAAGAAUUUGGCUGAACAAUUCUGGACUAUAGUUGACGAUCAUUGUAUAGAAACUAUCAUUCUCCUGGUAAAAGAAAAUGAAAAGGUGACAGAGUUUUAUCCCACGAUAGAUGAUGUUUUUAGAAUAAAUAACUUUGAGAUAUAUUUGGAUUCUGUCGAGAGGAAGAAUAAAAACAUCAAAUUGUUAACUUUCAAUCUGGAUAACAAGACAACACAGUCGACGCGCCAGAUUAAAAUCUUUAAAACAAAUGUUUGGGAAUCUCCUCUUGUAAAAGGAAUAUGUUUUAUCCUCGAUAAAGCAAGUGAAAUGAGAGGUGCGCCAGUUCUGAUAAUUAAUAGUAAGAUGGCUGACAUUUUGGUUUGUGGAGUAUUGACAGUCUGUUUGAAUGUUAUCUAUGCAAUAAAAACUGGAAGCCCCUUCAGUGUUCUGGAAAAUGCAAAGAUUGUGAAUAAAAACGACAGAAGUUUCUUCAAGAAUUUUGAUGACUAUGAAUUAUGUUACAAAGGGAUUGAACAUUAUUUAGAAGCUACUCAUACAUAUGAUUUUAUUGAAUAG